AUGGAAGAUGACUAUAAAUCAUUCUUACAGUCCUUAGAUGACUCACAGUUGAUCUCCCACAUUAGUAGUUUGAGUCAAAGUCAAGUUAAAACUCAAAAAGACAAAGAAAUAAUAGGGUCAGAUGCAUUUGAUGAUUCCUUCAAUGAGUAUUUAACGCGUCAUAUUCCUGGUGUAGUUGGAGAUGAAAAGAACCCUAAAGAAGAUGAUGAAGCUCAAGGAGUCCUAGAUGACACAGUGGAACAAAAUCCCGGGGAAAAUGCCCCAGAACCUAUAAAUGAGCUUCUUGAUGAAUUGAAUGAAGAAUUCUCAGAUGAUCAAGGUUCAAAUGAUGAUGAAAUCGGUCCAAUGCAUGGAUUUGGUGAUUAUGAGAUCUAUUUUGAUAACAAACACAAAAAGCAACAACAAGGGGAUAAAAAUUAUAUUGAAUGGGAUAAAACUCGUAGGAUUCUUCAAGGUGAGGAUGAAUACAGAGAACCGAUAUUCAAAGGAUGUGUUAUCUUUGUUAAUGGUCAUACGAUCCCAUCGAUGAACGAAAUUCAUAGAUUGGUCAUCAUCCAUGGAGGGAAGUUUCUAUCAUAUCUUGGGGCUAAAAGGAAUGCCACCCAUAUUAUUUGUGAUAGAUUAACCCCUCGUAAGCAGCAAAUUUAUAAGAACUGUAAAGUUGUCAAAGCCAAAUGGAUUGCUGACUCGGUAGAGAAGGGGUAUUUGUUGGACUGGAAGGAGUAUAGACUUUUUAAGGAAAUAGCUUAUGAUCAAGGAAGAUUAUCUGACUUUCAUAAUGAGUUUGCUUUGAAACAGUUCAAUAUGGAAGAAGAUGAUGAUAUUGAAAUGCAAGAAGAUUCUCUUGAAGAAGAAGAAUUACUGCAGGAGGAGAAAGAGGCUGUUCAAGAAAGAGCUAUUGAUGCUAAACAUCCUGAUUUUUUAAACCAAUUUUUCUCCAAAUCAAGACUUCACCAUUUAAGUAUGUGGAAAUCUGACUUGAAACUUCAAUUCAUCAAUAAAGUGAAGAAAUCCAAACAUGAGGUAUCUAAAAGGGUCACCAGAGUUGCUCAUAUUGAUUUCGAUUGUUUCUUUGCCACAGCCUCUUGUCAAAAAACGUCGUAUGAUAUUAAUGAGGUACCCUUAGCUGUUUCUCAUGGUCAAACAACAUCUGAUGUUGCAAGUUGUAAUUAUGUUGCUCGUAAGUCCGGUGUGAAGAACGGAACAUGGGUGAGAUCAGCAAGAAGAUUGUGUCCUGAUUUGAUAGUCAUACCUUACGAAUUCGAUUUAUAUGAGAAGUAUGCCAAUUGCUUAUAUAAUUAUUUGAUAUCAUUGAAUGUGGACAUUUAUCCUGUUUCCAUAGAUGAGGCAUUGAUAGAUUUGAGUGAUUAUGAAGGCGAUUUAUCCCAAUGGUGUGAAAUGGUACGAGGAGAAAUAUUUCGACUCACAAAAUGUCCUGUUAGUAUAGGAAUAGGUGCCAAUAUUUUAUUAGCUAAAUUAUCCUUGAGAAGAGCCAAACCUAAUGGAUAUCACAUUCUUGAAACUGGAGUCGAUGACUUUUUAUCUACGGUUUCUGUAAGUGACUUACCAGGUGUAGGUUAUUCAUUAAUGGAUAAAGUAAUAGCUGAAACUGGGAAAUCAUCCCCAACAAUCACUGAUCUUCUUCGGGUUCCAAAGGAAAGAUUAAUGAAAGUCUUGGGUCCCAAAACAGGUCAAAAGUUAUAUGAUUAUUCACGAGGGAUUGAUCCAACUAAUCUAGACCAUACUGCUGAAAGGAAAUCAGUUUCGGUGGAUAUCAAUUACGGUAUAAGGUUCGACACACAUGCUCAAGUAGAAGACUUUCUUUCAAGAUUGGCAGUAGAAGUCAGUAAAAGACUCAAAAACUUGAAUGUUGUGGGGUCACAAGUCACUCUUAAGUUGGCUAAAAGAGAUCCUGAUUCCCCUGUUAAUCCACCAAAAUACUUGGGAAUGGGUAAAUGUAUAUUCUUCAAUAAAUCAGCUAAAUUGGGGCUCCCAACCAGUCAGCCGGGGAUCAUAUCAUCAGAACUAAAGUCGUUGGCUAGAAUUUUAACUAUCCCAGCCCAAGAACUUAGAGGGAUUGCUGUAGCCAUAGGGAAACUUGAAGAUGCUGACGAAGUGAAGAAAAACAGACAAAUGACAUUGAAUCAAAGAAUCACUAAAGGAACAAGAACUUUGAAGAAAAUCGAUGAAAGUGAUUUCAAAGAACCUUUAGAUGAUGAAAUUGACUGGCAAGUGUUCGAAUCACUCCCUUGGGAUAUUAAACGUGAGAUAAAGGCAGAGCUAUCACGAAGGGGAAUCAUUCAAAAGAGUGCUAGUUCAAGUCCUGGACCUAAGAAAAACGGUAAAGCAUAUCUCCAACAGUUGUUACCCACAGCUACUACUCAGGAACCUAAGUAUGUCAGGAUUGUAGAAUCUCCCAAGAAAGUAUCACCUAAGAAGCUUUCUCCUCAGAAAAGGUCUAGAACGGGCUCACCAACAAAAGUCGAAGAAGAUCUUUCUUAUGAUUCUUCCAUACUUAACGAAUUACCUUCAUCGGUGAAAAAUGAAGUCAUCGAAGACAUGGCUAUUCGUAAGAAGUACAAACCACAGACGUUGAAAGAGAAGUUCAAGGAAUCAGUUAAACAAACCAAAGUCGCUAAUCAACCUAUUACCAAACAAUGGAUUGAUGAACAACCCAAGAUCAAUGAGGUACCAAAGUUUCAGAAUGGUGAUAUUGGAGAAAUGAUUGUCGGGUGGAUGGAAAUGUCUCUUGAUCAAGAUGGUCCCCAUAAUGAUGACGUAGAGAUGUUUUUCGAGUAUCUAAAAUGUUUAAAAUUCGAUAAAAUAAAAAGGGUUGAAAUUUUGAUCUCCAAAGAAAUCAAAUACUAUAAAUCGAUUGAAGCCAUGCUAGGACCCAAACAUUGUACAGCAUUAAAAGAAUGGGAUGGAGUUGUAGAUAGAAUAAGAAAACUUAAUAUAUUCUAA